UUCAAUUGGAGAAAAGUAUAAAACCCAAAAUUAUCCGAGAAAGUUGGGCUUCUUUGUAUUUUCCUGAAAGAAAAUUACACCGUUAUAUCCGCACAGUUUCUUGACUGCUGUUACUGGCUGCCAGAUCUUUUGCUGUUACUGGCUGCCAGAUCUUUUGCUUCAACCAUUUUUAAAGCUGAAUUUUGGGGUCUCUUUGUUUUCCCUUUUUGUAUGUAUUGCAAAUCUGCAACCUGCAAAAAGUUUGAAUCCUGCGAAGAGAAAGAGAUUGAUCCUGCUGUUUGCCGGACUUCUCAUCCUCAGCCGCCUUUUGGAUUCCUACUUGGUUUUUGGAGUGUUGUUCGUUGGGUUUUUGCCAGUUUUCAACAUAGACUACUUGAGUGGAUUCAAAAGUACUGAUUUUUGGAGUUGUUUCACCAAAGGGGUAUCUUUUGCUUUUCUGAAUUUUGGAAGAAAUUGGAGGGUUUUGGUUCAAUUGCUGAAGUUGUUUCUUAUACAGUGGUGGAUUUUGAACUAGGAAGGGCCUGAAGUUCAACUCUUGUUCUUGAUCCGAAAACCGGAAAGAUUUGAGUUGGAUUUGUUGGUUCAUUUCUGGGUGUGUUUAUUGUAUGGUUAUGGGGGAUUGUAAAUCUGUGAACCCGGAAAUGGAAGGAGACUGCGAUUUGAUUGCUGCGGCGAAGAACAUAGCGAGGGCAUUGGGGUCGAAGAAGAACCUUACAGAUGGUGAAAGGGAGGUUCUGGCUAAUCUUGGCACCCAAUUGUCCAGCAUGAUCAGACUCGGUGAGAGAACUGAUGAGAAGGUAACUGAGGUGGCAGAUCGCCUUAAUUCGAUUCAGGAGAGGAUAAUGAGGUGGGAGGCUGAUCAGUCUAUGAUAUGGGAUUCGAGUCCGAAUGAGUCUCUGGAGUAUGUCAAGGCUGUGGAGGAAGCUCGGAGGUUGAUCGAAAGAUUGGAAGCGUCGUGUUUGGAUAAAAAUGAUGAAGAGUGCGAGGUGUUGCAUAGAGCUCAUGAUGUUCUUCAGACAGCAAUGGCUAGGCUAGAGGAAGAGUUCAAGCACAUGCUUGUUCAGAACAGGCAACCCUUUGAACCCGAGCACAUGUCUUUUCGUUCUUGUGAAGAGGAUAUUAUGGAUGGAAGCUCGAUAAUCUCUUUUGGGGACGAAUCGAUUGAGGACUCACUUCGAAGGGAUAGUGUUAGCAGAGCGUCUGAGGAAGUCAUCAUUGAUUUGGUUCAUCCCGAUGUAGUUCCUGAGCUCAGAGGCAUUGCAAAUUUGAUGUUCAAUUGCAAUUAUGAUCAGGAAUGUACGCAAGCUUAUAGCAUCAUCCGAAAGGAGGCAUUGGAUGAGUGCCUCUCCAUUCUCGAAAUCCAGAAGCUGAGUAUUGAGGAUGUGCUGAAGAUGGAGUGGGGCUGCUUGAAUUCCAAAAUCAGAAGAUGGGUCUGGGGUAUGAAGAUCUUCGUGCGACUUUAUCUAGCUAGCGAGAAAUCGCUCAGCGAUCAGAUUUUUGGGGAUCUGGGACCGAUUUAUUUGGAUUGUUUUGUUGAGGCAUCAAAGGCUUCAAUGCUGCAGCUUCUGAAUUUUGGUGAAGCCAUGUCUAUUGGCCCCCACCAACCGGAAAAGUUGUUCCGCAUUCUUGACAUGUAUGAGGUGCUUGCAGAUGUUCUUCCCGAUAUAGAUGCUUUAUAUGCGGACGAGGCUGGUUCUUCUAUAAGAAUUGAGCGUCAUGAGGUUCUGAUGAAAUUGCGUGAGUCUGUGAAGGCGACAUUUAGUGAAUUCGAGAGCGCCAUUGCAUCAAACCCCUUGACUAACCCUGUUGCUGGAGGAGGAGUACAUCCUCUCACCAGAUAUGUGAUGAAUUACUUGACGACUCUCACAGACUAUGGAGAGACUUUUCAUUUUCUCUUCAAGGAGAGUGAUGAUGCUGAUUCCUUUUUGCUGUCUCCUGACACGAGUCCUACCUCAGAAGAGGAAAACAAAGCCACUGAUUCUCCAGGCAGAAUUUCCCUAAUGGUUCACCAGUUCCGAUCACUUACUUCAACUCUGGAAGGCAACCUUGAUGAGAAGUCCAGGUUAUAUAAGGAUCCUUCCUUGCAACACGUAUUUUUGAUGAACAAUCUACGUUACAUGGCUCAGAAGGUUAAGGGGGAUGAACUGAGGCUCAUUUUUGGAGACAGCUGGCUUAGAAAGUGCAACGGGAAAGUUCAACGGCACGCUAUGAACUACCAGAGAUCUAGUUGGAGUUCCAUCCUUAAUUUACUCAAAGAGGAGGGCAUUCAAAAUCCCGGUUCAAAUUCUGUCUCAAAAACCCUCCUCAAGGAAAGGCUCCGCAGCUUUUACCUUGCGUUCGAGGAGAUCUACAAGAGCCAAACAACGUGGCUCAUUCCGGAUCCUCAGCUUCGAAAAGAUGUGCAAAUCUCAGCGUCCCUGAAUGUAAUCCAAGCUUAUAGGACAUUCGUGGGAAGACAUUCGAAUGACAUAAGUGACAAGCUCAUCAAGUACAGUGCGGACGAUUUGCACAAUUACCUCUUGGAUCUCUUAGAGGGAUCCCCGAAAUCAUUACAAAAUUCCAGCAGGAGGGUGACAGCAAAGUAGAUGGUGUAGUCACCAUUGUCUUGUUAUUAUUUUCAGCAGAGGACAUAUUUUGAUUUUACGUUCCCCUCUGCUGCUCAUGUAUGUUUUCGUGUGUGUAACGUUGUUAUUUGAUGAAUCCGGUUCACUUUUGUGACCUCUGCAUUGGAUGUCAUAACUGAUAUAAGAUUGAAUGAAUGAAGUAGAAUUUCAUUCGAAAUUUUA